CACGUUUAUACCCACUACAAAUUGAAGCAUCCCCUGAAUUAUUUAUUAAAUUCUUGGUGUCAUUUCAUAUUAUUAUUAUUAGAUUUGACGGACAUCCAACGCUCUUCGAGAUUUUGACACAUCCACAAUGGGAAAUGAUCCACGUCUAGGAACAUCCUCAACUCACUCGCUCCACUCUUUACAAGAAGGUGAAGAUGACCUCCCACCCUCGUACACAGACGUAAUCACAGAAGCCGAAAUCGAAACCGACCGCACCGUCAUCCCAACUCCAAGUAACAGAAAUAAUGGCAACAGAGACAUCUUAACGGAAGACGACUACUUUGUCCCCGGUGCCAAACGCGUAAACGACAAGCGAACGAUCUCGCUCUCGCCGAAUCUCUGCCUGGAUAAUCGCGUGCUGCACAAUAUAAUCUCGGAACAGGCAAAGCUUCCUCCACGUCCGUUUUUGGUUGUCGAGGGGACGCACCAGGAGACGCGGAAUAACGACAGUAAUAACAAUAAGAACGGGAGUCAGAAGGAGAACGUUGUUGAUUUUCGGUUUCGGGUUGAUUUAACUUCUGUUUUGAAGCGGUCGGAGGGUUGGCAUGCUGUUUCUGUUGUUGAGGAUGCGGAUGGGAGGGAGGCCUUUCGAGGGGGACGGUUGAGGUCGAGGGAGUCUGGGGUGAUGCGGGGAGAGAUUCAUAGGAGUGCUGAUGCUGUUGAUGAUGGUAAUAAUGUUGAGAAUGCGGCAUUCAUCCAAUUUGAGGAUGAGGAUCAAGAUCAAGAUGGCUCGAAACCGGGCCUGAUGGGCUGGUGUGAGCGGUUCUGCAAUGAUCCUGCACCUGUCAAGUCGUUCACUCUCACCCGCAAAAUGCACGGAUUGGACGUGAACGUGCUACGAACGUCGCUGGCAUCGCAGAUCCGCGAGCUCAACUACCGCGGACAUAUAAAUAUCUGGCUGUGCCUUGCGCACAGCGAGCUGACGGUCUACUCGCCACACUGGAUCAACCGACUCCGCCACAACAGCUUCGUUUGGUGGACGUGUGUUAUCAUGCAGCUCUGGAUCCUGACAUGGCCGAUCAUCUGGCUGCUGGAACGACGGUACGGGGUGAUCGAAUCGACGUGGUAUGCAUCGCUGCCGGACGAGUGUCCGCUGAUAACAGGGCGCACUCGACGGCGGCACGCCCAGGGGCGCAGCGAGGCUCAGCUGGCUGCGUUCUGGGCCCCAGCCGUGAAACUGGCAGCGUGGCAUCGACGCAAGGACGGGGAGGUGUUGACGGAGGAGGAGGCGCAGCGGCUGCAGGGACUGCGGACGGAGCAAGUGGUGAGCCUUGCCGUUGGGGAAUCGGCGGCGGAGAGGGAGCGGCGGGAACGGGUGGAUCGAGGCGAUGGGACGUUUGCGGAUUCUGUGGUGGGAUUGGUAAGGGGGGUCAGCGAGGUGAGGCAAAACUGGAACAUGGCGAUGGGCUGGGGGGGAGAUUCAUGAUUAUUUUUACUCUCCUGCUAUAUACAUACUACAUUAUAAUAGUCUGCACUCUCUAUUCGGCUUAAAUGAAUAUCCCAUGCAAGAACCUCUACCUAGGCAGUAUUUCUGUUGAAGGUGAGUGCCUACAGAGUUUGAAAAUAAAAGUCAUCAAAGUGUGUCAUGCCAACCCCGUCCAGCCAAUGCGAUGUCCACGAUAAGGAAGUCUGGUAUCAAUACAUGAUUGGACCGGCGCCAAAUGCCUCAUGCUAUUUUAUUUGUUUUUUUUUUUUUGGUUGUUUUCCUCUCCCUACCUACUUCCGAGCACAGAGAAUUAUUAUUAAAUACAGAAAAAAAUUCUUAGAAAAAAGCAUUAAUACGAUACUGUCCAAGUGACUCGGUUAGAGCGGUUGUUUUAACCGUAAUGAAGUGGAA